AUGCGGCAGGCUAAUUCUAGAUCGGGCUGCGAGGAACGGCUGUCGGGGUUCCGCUGGGUCAACCCACGCCCGCACCGAGGGGAGAGACACCUUGGAGCAGCCGUCGGCGCCCCCCAAAGCCCUACCCUCCGCGCAGCUGUGGCUGCUCAGGCCGCGAGGGGGCGCCCCGGGCCGCGGGUGGAACCCGGCCCCGCGCCCCCUUCCCGGCCCCCCCCCCAAACUCCCUCCGCACCCAGAGGCCGAGCCCCAGACCCAGCGGCUGGGAGCGAGUCCCUCCUGGGGGCCGACGCGAGGCCCGCAGAGGACAGCCCCCCUUUUCCCAGGGGACAGUACAGUCGCCUGCGAACCCCCUUACCCACCUCCAGGGGAAAGCCUCGUGCCGCCUCUGGGCAGCGCCCCCUCCGCGGAAGAGCACUCGCCCCGCGGCUUGACGGCGGUACUGAAUGCCCGCCGGUCCCCCCGUCUCUCCCCCAACUUCCGACGAGAAGCCCCCUCCCCGCGGGCGCACGGGGACGGGCGAACCCCCGCAGCCCUCGGCGUUCAGUCCCCGUCGCCCGACUGCCAUCAAGCCCCGGGAGCGGACAGCGGCUCCCCACCUGCGGCUGCGGGGCCGAGCGCGGCCUGCAGCCCCUCCCGCCGCCCGCCGCGGCCCGCGAAUCCGCCGAGCCCCUCGGCGCGCCCUCGGCGCCCACCGCUCCGCGUCCGAGCGAAGCUGGCGGCCCGGCGCGGGGUGGUUCCCUAAGGAAAACAGGACUGGGGGCCCUCCAGGUCACCCUCACCCACCCGUUUCCGGAGGAGACCCGAGCAGGGCGGGGAUGUAGGCGCGGGGGCGGCGAGCGCAGAGCCCCCGGUAAACCAUGGCGGGCCGCGCCCCCUGUCGGGGCUCAGCACCCGCCCCGCCCGACGGGUAGGGGGUCGCUGCCGGCAGCCUUCGCCCGGCCGUGA